AUGGCGAGCUAUCCGAAAUUUUCCCACCGUAUGACCCCGACCCAUUCCAGCACCUCCCUCAACGACCCCUCUUCUCUGAAGCGCAAACUUCAUCUCCUCGUCGUCGCAUCCGGGCCCAGAGACACUUCAUGGGCCCUCACACUCGUCGUCCGCCUCUCCAAAAACCCUCAGAUUGAGGCCAGGGCCAUCGUAGACGAUGUCGUUCCUCGCCUUACCCAGACCAUCAUUGUGAUGCAGAACCAGAGCCUCGCGCCGGGCCAGACCGACCACGCCGACGAUGUCGAAUUCUACAGGCAACAGGCAUUUGAACUAGUCAAGUGGGCUGAUCUCAUGGUCUGCGUGCCGCUCGAUUCGGAUGGCAUCUCCAAGAUGCUUGCCGGAGCGGCCGACACUUUCCUCGGGGAAGUGCUGCGCGGGUGGGAUGUCACCAAGAAUAUCAUAUUGGUUCCCGGGAUGAGCACCCAGAUGUGGUCGAACCCCCUCACGAAACGACAGCUUAGCAAGUUACACCGAAAAUGGAAUUGGAUACGGGUUGUCACUCCCAUCACAUGGCACUACGAAGGCGAACCCAAUGCUAAGAGGGUGCCCAACUGGAAUGGCUUCAACGAAGUGCUGACCAUCAUCAAGAACCAAGCCGAACUACUGGGUCUGGGCCGUGACGUCGAGAUCGCGACUGGCAUGGCCCUGAUCGGCGACAUUGACGCUAAUGUACAGUCAAAACUCCCUCCCGAGAUAUGGACCAUUAUCCUAGAUUACACAGGCGACUGGGAGCUCGCCAAGGCACUUGGCAUAUACACAAACCUACCCAUGCCCCCGCCCUGGACACACCAUCCCAGGGAACCUCACAAUGAACUCCAAGUCUACGAUCACGAGCUGGAGUGGACAGUACUGACUGGAGACUCAGCCGCCAUAUGCAAGAAGAUCUCCCAGUCACCACCGGGCUUCCGUGACCUACCCGCACAGGUGGUCCGUCUCGUCAUACGCUUUGCCCUCAUCGACGUAUUAGCGUAUCUUGAGGCCAACCGACCCGAUCUAUUCAAAGCCUUUGACGGGCCAACACUGCCGACUAAGGCAUCUGCAUACUACCCUCGCACCGAUGUGCUCGACUACUGGAAGCAGAGCGCAUGGUUCAGGGAGAACCACAUAUACGACGCGGAAGCGGUUGACAUCGCCUCCAAGAACGGGCACGUCCGCAUCCUAGACUGGUGGUGGAGGAAAUCCGGCUUCUCCCUCCGCUACACCGAGACGGCGCUGGAACAGGCCAGCGCCAACGGCCACCUCCUCGUGCUCGAGUGGUGGCGCGACGCCGCCGCCCAGGACGAGAAGGUGGUCCUCCGCCCCGGCCGCUCCCUCCUCUCGGCCACGCAGUACGGCCAGGUCGACGUCCUGCGCUGGUGGGACGCCUCGGGGAUCCCCGUCGCGCACGGCGACGGCGUGGCCAAGGUGGCCAGCCGCUGGGGCCAGGUGGACGCCCUGGAGACGUGGCGGCGGCUCAAGGGCAGCAGCAAGCUCGUCUUCGACUCCGAGGUGCUCAUCGCGCCGACGGUGCACCAGCACGUGGACGUGCUCGAGUGGUGGCGGCGGUUCGCGCACGGCGAGCUCGAGGAGAUGGAGGGCCGCAGGCAGCCGGUUGAGUUCCGGACCUGCAACAUCGAGGAGGCCCUCGAGGACAGCAUCGGCGACCAGAACAAGGUGCGCAGGUGGUGGGCGCAGAACGGGCUCAACCUGGGGCUGAGGAACGAGGAAUGGAUGAAGACAAGGUAUCUGUAG